AUGUCCAUCAUCCCAAGCUUUUUCGGGAGUCGAAAAACCAAUGUGUAUGAUCCAUUUUCACGAGAAAAUUGGGAUCCAUUUGAUGGCAUUUUCAGCUCCGUUCUUGCCAAUAAUUCACCUUCCUCUACAGCUCGUGAAGUAUCCCAAUUCGCAACCACAAGGGUUGAUUGGAAGGAAACACCAGAAGCACAUGUUUUCAAAGUAGAUCUUCCUGGGCUGAAGAAGGAUGAAGUGAAAGUUGAGGUGGAAGAAGGCAGGAUUCUGCAGAUAAGUGGAGAGAGAAGCAAGGAACAAGAGGAGAAGAAUGACAAAUGGCAUCGUCUUGAGAGGAGCAGUGGGAAGUUCUUACGUCGUUUCAGGCUACCUGAAAACACAAAGAUGGAUGAAGUUAAGGCCAACUUGGAGAAUGGAGUGUUAACUGUAAAAAUUCCAAAGGUGGAAGAAAAGAAACCCGAGGUCAAGACCAUUGACAUCUCUUCUGCUUGAAAUGGUCCUAAAAUCUAUCAUGAGUAUAAUCUCUAGUUAUUUCCUUUGUUUAUUGACACAAUAAAGUUUCUUUUUGUGUCCAUGCAAUUCGUUUGUGUGUUUGAGCCCUUAUAAAGGGGGUUUUAUCUUGUGUACAUGUACAUUGUGUUAAUGUGCAAUUAAGUUGUGUUUUGUGCAAGUCGCAAUUGUUUUUCUCUGAAUAUUUAUUUAUUUUCAUCACUAAUAUCUGCUAAGGUGCAUAUUUAGUACUAUAUACAUAGUCACAAUCAAAAGACUUGCAUAUAUAUUUGUCACAUAAGUGUAUCUUGACAAGGAAUACAGAUUUGAGAAAUGCAAAGCAGAAGUUCCUAUUUAGGUGCAAACCUCAACUAUGAAUAAUCUAGGUACGAAUGGAACCCCAAUAAUCAUGCAAUACUAAGGGUCUGCCUGGAUUUGGUGAAUUAAAGGGUAAAAAGUAGCCCAUUAAAUUUUUUGGGCUGAACCGAGUGAUUGGAUUGGGAGGAAACAAUUAUGGAGGUACUCUUUAGUCCUUAUUUGAGGUUAAAUAUUUACCCUACCUCCCCCUAGAGUAAAAAAAUAACUCUUCUCUCCUAAUAGUAUUAUUCAUUCAUAACUUUCAGCCUACUCUUUCGAUUGAACUCCUUCCAUGUCUAACCUCACCAAAAAUAUGGUGGUGAUUGAAGAAAAGGAAGAUUUUCGGUACAUGCAUCCUCUGCUUCCCUUCAAUUAGCUUCUAUUACACUACGACUAUUGCCACCAUUGUUAGGGCUUGGAAUUUUGUUGUUUCUGAGCUCAAAGUCUUCCUAUAUACUUUGAUUAGGAUUACUGUCAUCUUUUGUCUUUGUUAAAUUAGUACUUUGUGGUGACUUUUUGGUUUAAUUAUCAUUGAUUGCUAGAUUUUCUUGGUGCGGAAGAUUUGUACAGAUGUGAUUUAGUUCUAGGUUGUUUAUCUUCAUUUUCUAAACAAAGGAAAAAUUAGAUCCAAAUGAGAAUUGAGUGUGGUGCCAGUUUUACUCUAGAUUAUCGGUCUUGUUCACCAUAAUUGUACAGUGGUGGUUGGGCGGCUAUCUCUGAUGAGAUCAUAAGAAAAUCAUAUUACAAUCGCAAGU